AUGGAAGCUCUAAUUGAUUGCAUAACUAAAUGUUAAGAAUUUAAAGACUAGUUGGAAGAUAAUUUUACAUAUAAUUUGAUAUCAAUAAAGUAAUUAGUUUUAAAAAAUACUUAGAUGGUUAAAUAGAUCUAAAACAAUCACUUAAACAUAAGACAUUAAUAAUCCUAAAAAAAUUCCUAUUUUGAAUUUAGAUUUAGUGGAUGAUUAUUAUUCAAAUAUUAUAGCGUAUAACUUUUAUUUAAAAUUUAGAUAUGAUGAUCCAUAAUAUAAUUAUUUUUUAAAUGAAAAGUUAAAAUUAAACAUAGAUUAUUUAUGUAUAUCCUAAGAUUUAUGGUAAUCAUUAGUGGUUGCUCUUCAAAACUUAUAAUAAAAUCCAUUAGAAUAUUAUACAUUUAAGACUUUAUUUAAAGAUGGAACUUUUAUAAAUUAAAAUCUUAAAAUUCAAUUAAUUCCUUUAUAUGAAGGAGUUACUAAUAUAAUUGAAGGUUUCUAAUGUUUCUCAAGAGAUUGGACUAUAUAACAUACAAUUUAAAUAUUUGAAAAACUGUUAAAUUAGCAAUUAACAAUUUAAGUUCCUCAAAACAAUUUUAUUAAAUUUUAUAUGUUCAAGAAUGAACCAUAAGAUUUUAGAUAAUUUAUUAAAUUGUUUCAUGAAAAUUAAUUAUUAUUUGAAGAAUUUAAAUAAGACAUUCAAUAUUUAAAAAAUGGAUAAUUAUUAAUCAUAGAUAUUCAAGCAUUAAAUAAAAAAUUUUCAAUUAAAUAAGACAAUAAUAUAUUGGAAUAGAGAAUUCAUAUUCAUCUAGAAGAGACUGAAAUUUCCAACAAAGGAUUUUCAGUAUAUGAGUCAUAGGAAUCUUUACUUAGUUGUUUAUUUAAAAACUAUGAAUGUUCUGAUAAGAUAAGGAACUUUAUUAAUACUAAUUCUAAAGAUCAUUUUAAUUUAAAUGAAAUAAUUGAAGAAUCAUAUUAUGGAAGUUAAGCUAUUUUAUGUUAUGAAUCAAAAGACUUUGAAUUAUUAAAGGAGCACUCUAUUACAAUCACUGAGAGUAGAUAUGAAACUAUCUAUGUUAAUAGAUAACCAUAAAAAGUUCUAUUUGAUCAUAAUAUGACGGUUAAGCAAUUAGCUGAGAAGUAUUUACCAUAAAGUGAAUAUUUAUUUGAAUGUAGUAAUAAUUAUUACACAGAAAUAAGUAUAAUAUUAUAUAAUUAUAGUAAAUCCCGAUAUGCUUUUAUGUCAACUUCCAAAAAAUUACAUAUAUAAUUUAACUAAACGUCAGUAGUAUGAAGAAGAAUUAGAAAUAACUAUUAAUAGAUGUUUUAUUGAAAAUGUAGGAAUAUUAAAAUCAUAUAAAAAUUUUGAUGUGAUUAGAAAAUUAUACAUCAAUAAAUAAGCUAAAUUUUUUGAUUUACAUUUAGAAAUAGCAAAUCUUUAUGAGGAAACAAAUUUAGUUGCUUAUAAAGAAACAAUUUUUAAUAAGAAAUAUGAGUUGAUUUUUUAGACUAAUUAAUAAGGAAAUGAGAAAUGUUCAUAUUGUGAUCUUAAAUUAUGUAAUAAUUGUAUUGUUAAAUUUAUUGAUUAAAAAUUGAACCUAAAAAUUAAUAAAGUUGUAGUAUAUGCAAUAUACGGUUAACCAAUUUAAACAGAAAGGGAAAAACCUAUUAUUAUUAAGAAUUACAAUUUAGAAGACUAUUUUAAUUUUUAUAAGAGUGAAGAAGAAUUCUUAAUUUUAGAUAUAAAUUAAGAUCAAAUUAAUUAACAAGUGUUGUCUUAUCCAUAAUAAAUACAUGCAUAUUAAUUAUGUGGUUUAAUAGAAAAGAUUGAUCGUUCAAAUUAUCAAACAUAUUGUAAGCUAAAGGAGAAAUGGGUUUUAUUUAAUAAAGAAGGAUAUAAAUAAGUAGAGGGAAUUAUGUAGAAUUUAAAAGUAGCUAAAUUAUUCUAUGAGAAAAUAAAUUGA